AACUCUCCAUAUUCCCUCACUGCUUCACUCUCACAGUAGAGAAAUGGCUUCUACUUCUGCAGCUUACAUGGCGACCACUACUUUCACUUCUAAUAUUCUUGAAAUCAAACAAAACCCCUUUUUCCUAAAUACUUUUCCAUAUUUAUUCCGCCCCUUUUCUCCCAGAAAUCUCAAAAACCCAAAGUUCUUCAAGUUUCCUAAAAUGACACUCUCAAAUGACUAUAUGGGAAUAGGUAGUUUCAACUCCACAAGAAUCAAUUACAAUACUCCCACUACUGGUAAGUUUUACAAAAGGAUGGAUUCUUGUUUGGUUAUUCCUCCACCAAAGGGUAUAAAACCCAAAGCUAUUAUCAAAUUUGUGGGUGGUGCUUUUAUUGGAGCUGUUCCUGAAGUUACUUACAGUUAUUUACUGGAGAAUUUGGCGAGAGAAGGGUAUCUGAUAAUUUGUGUGCCUUAUAAUGUGACAUUUGAUCAUGCCCAAGUCACAAGACAAGUUUUUGAUAGAUUUCAUGCUUGUUUUGAUUCAAUUUUAGCAUCAGGGUUGCCUGAUUCUGGUCUUUCUGCUGCUGACAUUGUUGAUUUGCCACUCUAUUCAGUUGGCCACAGUAAUGGUGCUCUUAUUCAAGCGCUCGUAGGAAGUUAUUUUUGUGAGAAGAUACCUAAGGCUAAUGUUAUAAUAUCAUACAACAAUAGGCCAGCGUCAGAGGCAGUGCCAUAUUUUGAGCAGUUGGGUCUUCUUGUUGGCCAGAUGGUGCCUGUUAUAUCUCCAGCGUAUUCAAUGGCUCAAUCGGCUUCAGGAGAUGCGUUGAGGGUGUUGCUUGAUACUGCUGGAACAAUCAUCCCCGACUAUGAUCCAGAAACAGUUGUUUCAUUGACUAAAUUUGCUGAUCAGUUGCCUUCAGUAUUUGGCGAGCUUGCUCAAGGGAUAUCAGAGUUCAAGCCAACACCUUCAGAAAAUCUUGAGUGUUUCAAAAAUGCGUACAAUGUCAAGCGUACACUGCUGGUGAAAUUUGACAAUGACGCAAUUGAUGAGACAGAUCGGCUUGAAGAGACACUAAAGCCUCGUGUAGAAUCUUUUGGUGGAAAAGUGGACAAAAUUGCAUUAACCGGGAACCACAUCACACCAUGUGUACAGGAACCAAAAUGGCGAGUAGGAACUGUAUACACUCCAGCAGAUGCUAUUGCUCAAGUGGUUAAGACUCUUUCAAUAAAUGACACAAAAGGCCUAUGUACAACCAUUGCCAACUGGUUCAGUUGUCUGGAGGAGUAAUCUUUUGUCACUUCAGCUGAUAUCCUAUAUCGUUUUGAAAUGUGCAUAAACAUGGAAGUCUCUCAUGCACAAUGUAUAGCUCAACGACGAAGAAAACUGCACAUAUAUAU